AUUAAAUUCCCAAACCCUUCGUCAACAAUUCCUAUCCCUAAAUAUUUAAUUCUGACUUUGAAAUAUUUACAACUCAACAAAAAAACAUGGAUGUCGAGAAAAAAGAUGAACAGCCACUCACAACCAUCGUCGCCGACGACAAACACCGCCGGAAACGCAAACGCCGGAGAUGCAUCUGUCUAUCGGUAAUCGCCGUUAUUGUUCUCCUUGCUUUAAUCAUUCUGAUCCUGGCUCUCACCGUCUUCAAAGCCAAGAAGCCCGUCACCUCCGUCAACUCCAUCGCCAUCAGCGAUUUCGAUGUCUCAGUUAACCUCCUUCCGCCUAGGGUUUCGUUAAACAUCUCCCUCGACCUUGAUAUCUCGAUUAAAAACCCUAACAAAGUCGGUGUUAAGUACCGAAACAGCUCAGCGAUUCUCCUGUACAAAGACAAAGACAUCGGUGAGGUUCCGAUUCCCGCCGGCGAGAUUGGUUCCGAUGAUACGAAGCGAUUGAAUCUCACGCUCACUGUUUUUGCCGAUCGGUUGCUGACGAAUUUUGAUGUUUAUAGUGAUGUCAUCAGUGGAAGCUUGCCGGUGUCUACCUACACUAAGAUCUCCGGUAAAGCUCGUAUACUUAAUAUGUUCAACAUUCACAUCUCUUCUGUGUCAUCGUGUGAUUUGAACAUCGAUAUUUCAAAUCGAAGAAUUUCAAAUCAAACGUGUCAUUACAAGAACAGAUUAUAGGGUGUUAACAACUUAUUAUGAUUUCUAGUUUUGUUUUGAUUUUGUGUUUAUAGAAAUUUUGAUGUUCUUCCACUUGUUCUUCUUUAGUGAAGAUGUACUUUUGUUAUUCUUAUCUUCUUUCUAGUUUUCACACUGAAUAAAGGUAUUGCUUUUGCUC